AAAACUGUAUGCAGACUAUGCUCGUCGCUAUCAGACAAAUGUUGUCUUUAUGGAGACUUGUAUUACAUUCACACCUGGUCUACUGGAAUUCAUAAAUAAACAAGAAAACUUACCAGAUGUUAAUUUGCAACUUGCUGCAUUUCUAAUCAUGCCUAUACAGCGUGUUCCCCGGUACUCCUUAAUGCUUCAAGAACUCGUCACUAUUUAUCUGCAACUAGAUGGUCUGACUAGUACUGAGGCGAAUGAUGUUGCUGUAAGUAUCACUCAAGCCGCUCAUCAUGACAACAUGAUACCAGAAUAUGCAGCCACACUUAUUUUGAAGUUGUGGGAAAAUUAUAAACAAAGGGAUUGCAGUUCACCAUCUAACAGUUCUAAUUUUCCAGUCGUACGAAGUUAUGUUCAUCGGAUGAAACCCUGUACAAUUAUUCUGUUGGCAGGUUUUGCUAGUGUUGUGUCAACAGCAACAUUCCUGAAUGAACAGAUAAGAAUAAGUGAACAGGCAACAAAGGCUACAUUAUUGCAAUCGAGACUUUUGGGGAAAUGGUCACGUAAUUUAAUUCUGGUACCUGGUCGGAGGUUAUUAAAGUAUGGAAUCGUAAAGAAGAAAAAUUCAUUGGAUGGAGUGGCUGAACCUCGUUUACUGGUGAUUCUGUCUGACAUACUGGUGUAUGCUACACCCCGAACUCAGACAGACUUGGAAUCCAUUUUCAGUAAUAAGUUGGUUCUUGGUCGAAAAUGUCCAGAAUUUUUAAAAUCGUUUUCUGCAGGAAAAGCACCCUUAAAGUGUGUCAAACUUAUGCAGAGGAGAAAUAACGCAGAUCCACUGACCCGAGUUUCCAAAUAUUCUACGCCAGUUUGCUCCCAGAAUUCUGUUUUUCAGAGUCUUUUGGAUUCGGAUGACUGUUUGACAAACAGUAAAGUAUGCUUUUCAUGUGUUUCUGUCUAUCCCCUUCAUCACUGUCGUAUCCAAGUGAAUUUUAGACCUUCGUCCAACUUUUUGCAACCUAUUCCCGAGUCCCCUGAAAAUCAAUCAAAUAAAACCAAUUCAGUGUUUGUUUCCCCAGGAUCUACUGUGAAUUUUCAUAAUCGUACGGCGUCUACACCACUUGUAUUUGAUGAAUGUUCAUGUGAUGCUUCUCCUGUGGUUAAAUUUAAUAAAUUUGAUUCAUCAAUUAAAUCCGAUAAAGAUGAAGGGUUGUCUAAACCUUGUCAGUCCGUGAAUGAAUACAGUUUUUCCAGCUGUUAAAACAGCGCGACGGAGUCUUCGUAAGGAAAGUAGUGCUAAAUGGCCAAUGCGUGCUUCAGAUUUUAUUCAGUUUGAACAGUGGUUGGAGCAAAAGCG